AUGAAUCACAACCAUUCCAAUUAUCAAGUCCGGCUUGAUUUCAUUAAUGGCGUUCAUGGUUUAUUGAAGAAAACAUUCGGUCUGCCAGCAAAUUGCCUGAUUGAACCGAUCGCGUAUGAUCCGGAAUGCCCUUUCAAAUACAACAACUUUGUGUAUCGUAUCUCUCUGCCAUCUCCACUUGACCAAGAGAACGGUGCCUGUCAGAACAAGCCCGGCUGUGUAGCUAUUCCGUCCGGCACCAGUGACUGGAUACUUCGUCUGACAAACCCUGAUGCUUCAUCCAUGGAAUCAGCAAAUCGUGUCGAGAAUGAGGUUGCUAUCAUGACUCUAGCGAGGGCUGCGCUAGACCCAAAUUUCGAACCCCACGUUGUGCCUCGCCUAUACGGCUGGGCUGGAACCACAUCCGAAAAAGGGGAGCGACAACAAGGUUGGAUUCUUCAGGAACUCAUGCCAGGCAUUCCUUUAGACGAAAAGCUGGAUGACAUAGAACUCGAGGAGAAGAAAGAGAUAUUUUCACAGAUCGCAAAGCUCCUCAAAGGCCUGCAGGACUUCGAGCUACCCGCCUCUAUUACUCAAUACGGAGGACUGACCUUUGACGACGAGAGCAAUAUAGUCAGUGCACCAAUGACUACCACCAGUACUGGACCCUGGCCCUCAUACGAGGCUGCAUUUGAAGCACAGCUCAAGCAAGCUCUUGAGAAAGCCGAUGAGAAUUCUUAUAUCCGGGGCUGGCACGAGAACGGCGUUCGGGAUCGGCUAGAGGCAUUCAUAGAGCAAGGACUCUCAGAAUACUUCAAGCCGCUUGAAUCGCGCGACGACAAGGCAAUAAUUCAUACAGACUUUAUGGUGUUGGAGGCAAGUUCGGGGGGGUGGUUCGGUGUUGAUGCUCGUGAAGAAAGGGCCCUCCGUAAUGGUCAGUUACACGGCUUUCCAGAGUCUCUUCCUGAUAAUCAGCAAGAUGGCGAGGGUGUUCAGUGGAAAGUUUCCAAGGCCUGGGAGGAUGCUCUUCAGAACGCGGGUUGCAAGCGCCCGAUGACAAUCCCAGGAAUUGACGUCGUCGCUGAUAUUGAUGCCCUGCUUAGUUGUAUUCUACCUUGGCGCGUGACAAACUCAGACAUUCUGAGGAGGCAAACUAACCAAGUGAUUUAA